UUUUUGAACGCUGCAAUUUUGGGUUGUCAACACCAUCCAUCCAUCCGUCCACCAUGGCCGCCUCUUUGAACAUGACGAUCAAACCGUCCAUGGCAUGGUUGCUGGUGUUCGUGCCAGCCUUUUCCUAUUUUGCGUCGACACGACUCCAAUCCUCUGGCUUUCGAUGGGGUCGCAGCAACACGUUGGGUGAUCCCAUCUCGACCCGCUUGUUGGUACACGACAACAACGACAAUUGCCAAGGAUUGUCGCAAGUCUUUUUCCUGGCCGACUCGUCGUGUAAGGCGCAACAAGAACAACAAGAACAAGAACUACAAUACUCGUUGAAUUUGCAGGCAACCGGUCGUGGCAUGAAGGGGAUUGUGGCAUCGAUUUGGAAACACGAUGACGAAUUGGGCCGAGGCUACUUGUUGUUUUCGCAAUCGCACGGCAAUGGACGGAUUUGGAGAUGGGAAGUUGGUGGAGGACCCAUUGCCAUUGGACGAUCGCUCCAUUUGGAAGACAGUGGUUGUCGCUCCGGUGUCUACCAACCCUGUCAUGCCAACCAAACAACUACCACAACAACAAGUAGUAGUAGUAGUACUAGUGUCGGCAGCGGCGGCAUGGCGAUUGAUUUUCAUCCCGCUGGAACCCGACAUUCCGAAGGAUCCUUGGUGGUUGCCGAAUGGGGGGAAGGAAGAAUUAUUCGCAUGGAAGAUUCCAAUGGCGCUCGAACGCCUCUUAUGAUUCAAGUCCCCGAUGCCUGUCGUCCCAACAACACUACGCGACGACUCUUUCAACCCAAAUCACUCCUUAUGAACCCGUAUGGCGAUUUGUUGGUGGCCGACACACAGCCAGAUGAUUGUGGACUAGCCGCCAUUUAUCGACUGUCCCAAGCGGUGCAUGUCGAAUCACUGCCUUCCUUGACGGUCAGUCGCAAAGCUCAUGGAUGGAAUCAAACGCAUCAUUCCCAUCCAGUGGAUCUCAUUUAUUCUGGUAGCCAAGAGAUUGGUGGCAUGGCCAUGGAUCCCACCUGGCUCUCCCUGUACGCGACCGUCUUGGAACACGACGGACGUGUUCUUCUCAAACAAAUGCCGGCGGUUACAAUGGAAGACGAUGAUGAUGAUGAAACGGAUGACGAUUUAGCGGAUGACGAAGAAGAUGACCCAGACAACAAUUUGCCCAAGGACGAUGAGAUUACUGCAGGUGACGAGGAACAGCCAACAACAGAAGCACCGCCAAAACCAGUCUUGAAUGACGCCGCCAAUAUCGUUUUGGAUUUGACACAAGCCUUGAACUGUACCCAACCAGGGGCUUUGACCGUUAGUGAAAAGGGACAUGUCUUUGUGGCUGUUCCACAAGGCAUUGCCAUUAUCAGCGCGAAAGCCAGUGUAUUGGGAAUAUUGCCCAUGCCGUCGCAACCCACCUCCUUGACAUUGGGAGAAGAUCAAUUCCUCUACGCAUUUUCCGACGACAGUCUCUAUCGGAUACGAGUACGAAUGGGACCCGUCAUGGUCCCGACCAACUUGGUUACCGGUGGGAAAAGAUAAAAUAGAAAAUAAAAGAAUAUGUAUCGUAUCGGACGAUAGAUU